GCUGGGCCGGGGCCUGGGCCUGGGCUCCCCUCGGAGACCCCCGUGGCCUACUUGAGCCUGGCUUCCCCCAGGCUGCCGCGGGCUGGGCCCAGGAGGCCAGGUUCCUCUCAGCUCUGACUUUGUGUCUGCUAACCGCCUUCUUAGCUGGGACUUUCCACCUCCUGAAGACACGAUCAGCUCUGAUAUUCUCUGUUCCAAGGGCAGCAGCCGCCCCUACGUGUGCUUGCCAGAGCUAUGGAGGCCAUGGGCCGGUGGUGGCUUCUGGGGACCCUGCUCUUCGUCCUGGCACUGUGGCCUUAUCCGGCUCAGGGGGCCACCCGGAUCUACUACCUGGGCAUCCGAGAAGUCCGGUGGAACUACUUGUCAAGGUGCAGAAACAUCACGGGCAAGUCAGUGGAAGAUGACAAGGUGACUGCUUGCCUCCUGGAGCCCGGCAAGGAUCGAAUUGGAAGCAUCUACCAUAAGACUGUGUAUAAAGAAUACUCAGACAGCUCCUAUACUACAGAGGUGCCCCAGCCGGCCUGGUUGGGCUUCCUGGGCCCUGUGCUGUGGGGGGAAGUGGGGGACAUUAUCCUGGUUCACCUAAAGAACUUUGCCAGACGCCCCUACACAAUUCAUCCCCAUGGCGUCUUCUACGAGAAAGACUCUGAAGGUUCCCUGUACCCAGAUGGUACCUCUGGGCGGCUGAAAGCAGAUGAUGCCGUUCCCCCAGGAGGGAGCCACACCUACAACUGGACUAUAACUGAGGGCCACUCGCCCGCCCAUGCUGACCCUGCUUGCCUCACCUGGAUCUACCACUCCCAUGUGGAUGCUCCCCGAGACAUUGCUUCUGGUCUCAUCGGGCCCCUCAUCACCUGCAAAAGAGGAACCCUGACUAGAAGCUACCCUCCCAGGCGACGGGAUGUGGACCAAGACUUCUUCCUCCUCUUCAGCGUGGUGGAUGAGAAUUUGAGCUGGCUCCUGGAUGAGAACAUCGACUCCUUCUGUGCAGACCCUGCCUCAGUGGACAAAGAGGAUGAGGCUUUCCAAGCCAGCAAUAAGAUGCACGCAAUCAAUGGCUUUGUCUUUGGGCACCUGCCUGAACUGAGCAUGUGUGCUGGCGAGCGUGUGGCCUGGCACUUGUUUGGCAUGGGCAGCGAGGUAGACGUGCACACGGCCUUCUUCCCUGGGCAGAUACUGACAAUCCGGGGACACCGCACGGAUGUGGCCUCCCUUUUCCCAGCCACCUUUGUGACUGCUGAUAUGGUGCCCCAGGUCCCUGGCAGUUGGCUACUGAGCUGUCAAGUGAACAGCCACCUGAGAGAUGGAAUGCAGGCACUCUACGAGGUCAAGGCAUGCUCCAGCACCCCCUCGAAGGCCCCCCUUACAGGCCAAGUCCGACGGUACUUCAUUGGGGCCUCUGAAGAGCGCUGGGACUAUGGGCCCACAGGGAGAGAUGGAAGGACCGGGAAGAGUCUUCAGGAGCCAGGCAGCCACUCAGAAAAGUUCUUCCAGAAGAGUUCCAGUCGGAUCGGGGGCAGUUACUGGAAAGUCCGCUACAUCCAGUACACAGAUGAUACAUUCUUAACGAAGUUGCCGCAGUCUGAGGAAACCUUGCACCUGGGCAUCAUGGGGCCGGUGAUCAGGGCCGAGGUGGGGGACACCAUUGAGAUUGUGUUCUACAAUAGAGCCUCAAAACCGUUCAGCAUCCAACCUCACGGCGUCUUCUAUGACCAGGACUACGAGGGCACAGUGUACAAUGAUGGGUCACGUCAACAUGGUUUGGUAGCCAAGUCCUUCGAGAAGGUCACAUACCGUUGGAUGGUCCCUCCCCAUGCUGGCCCCACUGCCAAGGACCCAACUUGUCUCACUUGGAUGUAUUUCUCAGCUGUCAAUCCCAUCAAGGACACCAAUUCCGGCCUAGUAGGGCCCCUCCUGGUCUGCAAAGCAGGCUCCCUGGGGGCCAACGGCAAGCAGAAAGGUGUGGACAAGGAAUUCUUUCUUCUCUUCACUGUCUUCGAUGAGAAUGAGAGUUGGUACAGCAGCACCAACAAGGAUGCCGCCAUGUUGGACCAAAGACACCUCUUAGAGGAUGAUGAGAACUUCCUAGACUCCAACAAGAUGCAUGCCAUUAAUGGUUUUGUCUUCUCAAACCUGCCCGGGUUAACUGUGUGCCAGGGGGACACAGUGGCCUGGCAUUUGCUCAGCCUGGGCACUGAGACUGACAUGCAUGGAGCCAUGUUCGAGGGCCAUCCCAUUCAGAUGCUGGGCAUGAGGAAGGCUGGAGCUUCCCUCUUCCCACACACCUUUGCCACAGCGCUCAUGUAUCCAGACACUCCAGGGACCUUUGAGAUCUACUGCCAAGAAGGCAGCCACCUCCAGGCGGGAAUGAAGGCAUCCUACAAUGUCUCCAGGUGCCAAAGAAGCAGGUCUGGAGCCCGGCCGCGUUACCAAGCAGCUCGCACCUAUUACAUCAUGGCUGAGGAGGUGGAAUGGGAUUAUUGCCCUGACCGAAGUUGGGAGACGAACUGGCAUAAUCAAUCAGAGAAGGAGAGCUAUGGCCAUGUCUUUCUGAGCAAUGAAGAUGGGCUCCUGGGUUCUCGGUAUAAGAAAGCUGUGUACAGGGAGUAUAGUGAUGGCACCUUCAGGACUCCCCAACCAAGGACUGGCCUAGAAGAGCACUUGGGAAUUCUGGGACCACUGAUCCGGGGAGAGAUCGGCGAUAUCCUGACUGUGGUAUUCAAGAACAAUGCCAGCCGCCCCUACUCUGUUCAUGCCCAUGGGGUACUGGAGCAGGGGGCGGGCUCAGUGCAGCCAGCUGAGCCUGGUGAGGUGAUCACGUACCAAUGGAGCGUCCCUGAACGAUCUGGCCCCGGGCCUAACGACUCAGCUUGCAUCCCUUGGAUCUAUUACUCUGACGUGGAUCCUGUCAAGGAUAUGUACAGUGGCCUGGUAGGGCCCCUGGUCAUCUGCCGGAAGGGGACACUCAAGGCCACGGGGACCCGAAGGGAUGUGGACCGGGAUUUUGCCCUACUAUUCCUAAUCUUUGAUGAGAACCAGUCUUGGUACCUAGAGGAGAACGUGGCAGCCCAUGGUCCCCAAGAUUCAGGCCACAGAAACCUGCAAGAUGAGACCUUCCUAGAAAGCAACAAGAUGCAUGCCAUCAAUGGGAAGCUGUAUGCCAACCUCAGGGGGCUGACCAUGUACCAGGGAGAGCGAGUGGGCUGGUACAUGCUGGCCAUGGGCCAGGACAUUGACUUGCACACCGUCCACUUCCAUGCAGAGAGCUUUCUCUACCGGAUUGAAACACAUAUGGGAUAA